AAUAUAGCUGAGAAAUGAGGUUGGCUUUUGUAUUGAGUUCCCUUUUCUAUUUUGUGGCUUUGCUAAUUCAAAAUCAAAGAUGUCACGGCUGCUUAGUGAAGGAGAGAAUGGGCCUUCUCCAUAUCAAGUCCUAUUUCCUAGCGCACGUUGGUAAGGAUGCUAACACUGAAUUGGAAUCGUGGGUUGAUGACAGAGGCAGCAAUUGUUGCGAAUGGAAGAGAGUCAAAUGCUCUAACCUCUCAACUGGUCACGUAACAUUCCUCAACCUGUCUAGCAUCGAGUUUUCUAGUGCUUACACUUCGGUAAUGUUAAACGUUUCCAUAUUUGGUCCAUUUGAAGAGUUGCUCAGCCUCGACUUGUCUUGGAACAUCAUUACAGGCUUGAUUGGCAACGAAGGUUUCUUGUUCCUAUGGGCCAUUCUAGCUCUACUUAUAUACUUCUUCACAUUGCUUUCUGUUUUGCAAAUUUUCAAAUAAUAAAUAAAUGAAACAUUUUUCUUUUGACAAAAUAUUAUGCAUAUUUGUUACCAAGUUUGAAUUUCUCACACCUUGUUUCUCUUGAAGGAUUGAACAAGUUGGAGACCCUAGACCUUUCAGGAAACUUGCUAAAUAACAGCAUCUUUCCAAGUCUGAAUGGAUUACCAUUGCUAAAAAGUUUGAAGCUCGGUUUCAACCAUAUUGAUGAUUUUAAAGGCAUAUUUCGUCAAUUUUAGUCGGUUGGAACUGCUGGACCUAAGUUCCAAUUUUUUGGAGGGUUCCAUAGACGACAGAGAUCUUCAGAAUGGAAAUCAUUUGAACGGCUCAAUAGAAGAUCUUCAGAAAUUGAGAAAAUUAAAGGUGCUAGACUUAUCUGGAAAUCAAUUGAACGGCUCAAUAGAAGAUCUUCAGAAAUUGGAAAACUUAAAAGUGUUAGACUUAUCUAACAAUCAAUUGAACGGCUCAAUAGAAGGAUUCUGCAAAAUGAAGGAUCUUGUAGAGUUGGGUCUUAGUGAAAACUUGUUUAGUGGUCCAAUUCCAGAGUGUCUAAGUAUAUUAAGGAACCUCCAAGUCCUUGAUUUCUCCCAUAAUCUGUUCAGUGGCAAUUUUCCAUCAUUCACAAGUAAUCUCACAUCUCUAGUGUACUUGUCUUUCCUUGACAAUUACCUACAAGGAUCAUUUUUAUUGAGCACUUUGGCUAACCAUUCCAACCUCGAGGAUCUAUAUAUUAAUUCUCUAAGAACUACUGCACAAGUUGAAACCGAAAAGAAACACUGGGUUCCGACAUUUCAACUGAAAUCCCUCAUUCUUCGAAGCUGCAACUUGAACAUGGAUAAAGGAGGGACCUUUCCUAGUUUUCUUCUAUAUCAAAAAGACUUGCGAUUUAUCGAUCUAUCCCAUAACAAAUUAGUUGGAGCAUUCCCAAGUUGGUUGAUACAAAAUAAUUCAAGACUCCAAUAUUUCUUUUUGAUGAAUAACUCAUUUGUGGGGAACUUUCAACUAUCCUCUAUCGGACAAGACAUUUAUCAUUUGGAUAUAUCAAACAACAAUUUCAAUGGUUUGCUGCCGAUAAAUAUUGGUACUUUCCUUCCAGAGAUUAAGAGGUUGAAUCUGUCUAUAAACCACUUUGAAGGAGAUAUACAUGCAUCAAUGGGUAAAAUGCAACAACUUUCCGUCUUGGAUUUGUCUGAUAAUUUCUUCUCAGGUGAGUUACCUGAACAACUAGCCACAAAUUUGACUAAUCUGCAAAGGUUGAAGCUUUCAAAUAACUUUCUCCAAGGGAAUAUUCCCAAAUUUUCUAAUUUUACUGAGCUAUAUCUUAACAAUAACAAACUCAAUGGCACUCUUAAAGAAGUAUUGGAAAAUAUAAACAGUGAAGAAUUGAUGAUACUAGACAUAUCCAAUAAUUCAAUCUCAGGUGAAAUUCCUGCAUCAAUUGGGAAGUUUUCAUCAAUCGAUAUUCUUCUUAUGGCAGAAAAUCAAUUAGAAGGUGAGAUCCCAUUUGAGUUUUCCAACCUGACAAGCCUUUAUAUGUUAGAUCUUUCUCAAAAUAGAUUAUUAGGGUCAAUCUCCAGUAUCAUUCUUUCAUCCAUGAAUUUCUUGUAUUUGCAAAAGAAUGCUUUCUCGGGCUCUAUACCUUUCACAUUGUCUGAAGGAUCACAGCUAAUAACUCUAGACUUGGGAAAUAAUAACUUUUCUGGGAGUAUUCCUUAUUGGAUGGAAAAGCUGUCAAAUCUAAGAGUGCUUUUACUAGGAGGGAACAAUUUUCAUGGCCAUAUCCCAAUCCAAUUAUGUCAAUUAAAAGAUAUCACCAUUAUGGAUCUUUCACGCAACAAGCUCAAUGGUUCAAUACCAUCUUGCUUUAAUAAUUUGUCAUUUGGAAUGGUAGAUCAUGACCCUAUAUUUCAAUUUCGAUGGUGGCCAUCUGACCUUGAAGACAAAACCUUUUUUUAUUCUAGAAACUUACUUAAUGUAAGUGUGUCACUGUAUAUGCUGCAUGAGCUUGUUAAUGAUGAGUUAGUCUUUAAUGAGGAGUUAGCCUUUAAUGAGGUAACAAAAACAACUGUUGAAUUUAGAACGAAGAAUAACUACUACUCUUAUAGAGGCAGAAUUUUAGAGAACAUGACUGGAUUGGAUUUAUCAAGCAAUAUGCUUACCGGUGUCAUUCCUUCUCAAAUAGGAAACCUUAAAAAAAUUCAUGCCUUGAACCUAUCCCACAAUUGCUUGUCAGGUUCUAUUCCAAACACUUUUUCCAAUCUUACACAGAUAGAGAGUCUUGACUUGUCCUACAACAACUUUAUUGGUGAGAUACCUUCUCAACUAACACAGUUGUACUCUUUAUCAAUCUUCAAUGUGUCAUACAACAAUCUAUCUGGAACACCACCGAGUACAGGACAGUUUGGAGACUUUGAUGAGGACAACUACAGAGGUAAUCCUGGUCUCUGUGGACCACUACUGAAGCAGAAGUGUGAAGGUGUUGCACCUCCGCCAUCAUCAGAAUCCAACAACAGGGGAGGAAAGGAAACAACAGUGGACAUGGAAGCAUUCUAUUGGAGUUUUUGUGCAUCCUAUAUAACAAUAUUGUUGGGGUUCAUAAUGGUGUUCUACAUAAAUGCUUAUUGGCGCAUGGCUUUGUUUUAUUAUAUGGGCAAGCUUAUACGUACAUGUUUUCCAUCGUUUCCUCUGUAUUGAAAAAUAUCAUUUGUUGUGAUUAUAUGUUUUCCUAUAUGAAACCUUAAGAACAUUCCCACAAAUAAUCCCAAUACUUUGGGACACUAUUUUAGUAUUUGAAUUAAA